AUGUCUGGAGAACCACUUGAUACAAGCCAGGGCCCUAAAGGGACGAAAUGGAUUUUUGUUAUGAGCACAGCAAAGAAACUGUAUGCUGGGAUGAAAGAGAGAGGUGUAUUCCAGCACUCCAGCUUUUUAGCAGGAGGUGCUACCAUAGCUGCUGGACGGUUUAUUGCAGAAAAUGGAGUUAUCAAGUCCAUCUGGGCCUAUAGUGGACAUUACAAACCGAGUGCGGAAAACCUUAGCAACUUCCUGAGCUUUCUAGAAGAGAAUGGAGUUGAUCUGAAAGAAGUUGAGGUGUGCUCAUUCACCAAGGAAGACUACUAUGAAGAUCCAGUGCCCAAUACCAAACAGAACCCUGCUGCUGCUAUCAUAUCAUCCAAUCCUUCACAAUUGAUUCUUCCUUCCAACAAGGCAUCUGGGGCAUCUUCACAGACUGAAGCUGACGAAGGCAAUAAUAUCCGUGCAGAGCAAGCAAGAGCAACCUACCAAAGAACCUUAUCAGGUGGCCUGCAAAGCCCCAGAGAUGCCGGCGUCUCACAGGAGGCAAUUCUUGAGAGGGUGAAUUCCAAGAGCAAGUCAAAAUCCUACCAGCUCGGCCACAGGCUGUCCCUGAAAUGGAGCACUGGGAAUGGUCCAAGAAUUGGUUGUGUGAAGGACUAUCCAAUGGAGCUCAGAAUACAAGCGCUGGAGAUGGUACAACAGUCUACAACUCUCACCAAGGGCAUCGACUCCUCCGGCCACAUGGAGGGCACCGGAAUGCCUCUUGCCCACCUUGCAAAUGUCGCCCCUCGUGCCAGUGCAGACCUCCCUGCCCCAGCCAAGUAA